AUGAAAUUAAAUACAUAGUAACUAUCUGAAAUCAAAGAAGAACUUAAGAAAUUCUCUACAACUCCUAUUGAAAAGUCUUAUAAAUUGAUUGCCUAAGUUUAUAAAAGCAAUAUUGAAUUGGAAUCCUUAGUUAAUAGUUAAAUUACUAAAAGCUUUGUUAGAAUUGGAUAAAAGAAAUAUACAGAUGAAGAUGAUGAUAAAUAUGCCAAAGCUAUUAAAAUAUGCCGAAAAUUAGUCAAAUAGUGGAAAUAACUUAUUAUUUGCAAUGAUUUAAGUCCUAAUAAUGAAGAAAAAUAAGAAGUUUUUUAAAAUGCUUUAAAAUAAAAACCAUCCAAAAAUAAUGAGCCAUUAAUUCUAAAAAAGAUCAAAACUGAUAAAGAAACUAAAAUAUUAUAAACUAAAAACUAGAAUAAUAUUAGAACAGAAAGUAAAGAAACCCAAAAUAACUCAAGCUAAAUUGUUUAAGAAGAUAUUAGAAAAAAAGCUAUUGAUGGAUUAAAAAAAUAUUUUUUUUUACAAACUUAAUAGGAACAUAUAGAAUGGUCUAAAAAAAUCGAAUAAACUAUUUUUGAUCUCUAUAGACUUUCUGUUUAGAUAUAUAUGGAUAAGGUAAAAAGUGUCGUAAGAAUGAUCGAUAGAAAUUCAGAAUUCAGAAACUAGUUGUUAAAUGGAGAAUUUAAUCUUAUAACUGAAAUAAAAAAAAUAAAAUGA